UUCGGUGGCACCCAUGACAGAACAAGGUUUCUGUCAUGAGAGAGAAAAAAAUCAAAGAUUUCAUCUUCCAUAAACAAUUAAAAAGGAUGAACAAUUCAAUUCCGAAAUCUAUAUGAGUGAGGAUGCAAUUAGGAAAAGGUUUUUGUAUCAAAUUUUACAUAUUUUCUUCCAUUGGAUGCCUUUUAUUAUCAAAGAUUUGUGCUGGACUUAACAAAACAGACUGCUCAGUAGUAGAAAUGGUCAAAAAAGUAGAAACAUGUCCAAGUAAUAAAUCGAAGUGGCUUCUGGAAUCUGAGAGAAAGCAAUGUUCAACUUCAAACGAUGAAUGUGAAAAGGUUUACCACUGCAUGACAAAUGCUUAUAAAAAUGAAACUUUCGACUUUUGUGCCACUAACGUUAUUCUUCAUGGACACUAUUGUGGCGAAUUUAAUGAAGGUGGUGGGAUUGUCCAAGAGAACUACAACAACUCUUGCCAAAAUUUUAACCAUCCAUGUCCAUUUCUCCACAACUCCUCCGAAGAAUACAAAUAUCCAAAUUGCUCGGAAACUGAUAAGGGUACAGCAAAGACGCCUAAUACGGAUAUUGAAAGCAGGGUUACUCCUUAUCUGGCAUUUGUAUUAAUUUUGGUGAUUGCCUUGCCAGUUGGAGGUGCAUGUCAAUUUUAUAAAAAAAGAAAAGAAGAAAACAAAGGCUUAAAAACAUAUGAGGAAGUGCAACAGUCGGAUUUAGACAACAAAAUAUAAUCUUUGUAUAAAGAUUUUCAGUUUUUUAUGACUUGCAAGUGUUUAUUGAAAAGCUUAAAACAUUAUAUUUAUACGCAGAUUAUAUCGCAUAUAUCAUUCCCAAAUCUUUCACAAAGUUCGGAACAGAAGUAGGGCGUUACUUUCUUAAUAUUUUGCAAUGAUAUUACAUUAUCAUCAGCUUUUUAUCCUUGAGUGAAAUUAAUCUUAUUUUGUCUACAGAGUCGUAAGUCUUAAACAUCUCCGUUGGUAUAUAAUUAGUACUUUAAGUUACUUUUUUAUUAAUAUGCAUCGCUUCAUUUUAAUGUGUAAACAUGACACAAAAUCAAUCAUUGAUUUGCCAUAUGUAUGUACGUUUCACACCUUUAUAGGUAUAUAUGGUUCACCAAAAUGCAGUCUUUGUUAUUUCUUUUUAUAUGUAACAUAU